CCUCAGCAGCGCGACCGUCACUCGGCUUUGUUUUGCUUCUCGCUUCUCCUCCUCCUUCGCACUGGAAUUACGAAAUCCCAAAAACCGUCCUUUCUCUCGCCCAGUCGAAGCAGCGGCCGUGUGGCGAGUGCCGGGACCUUCCUCUGUGCCCGGGGAGAGGGACAACGAGUGAUAAAUACCGUGACAAGGAGAGAGAGGAGAGAGAGAGAGAGGGGAAGGAGUGAGAGAAAGAGGGAGGAGAGAGAGAGAGAGAGGAAAAAGAGGGAGUGUUGGGAGAGAGAGAGUGUGUGUGUGAGAGAGAGAUAGAGAAGGGGGGAAUAGUAUUUGAUAAUCUUCGCCUCUCCUUACUCCUUUUGGUCGUGUUGUGUGUGGGAGAGAGAGAGAAAGAGAGAGAGAGAGAGAGAGGAGGAGAGAGCAGGACGUCAUUCCGUGAAGCACACAAUGCUGAUGUGAAGCUGAGGAAGGAGCUUCUUGAUUUCCCUUAAUUUCCCCCCCAAGAUGAAGAUGAUAAGCCCUGAUAACAGCAACAACAAGGGAUAAUAACAAGGGACAGUCCCUCGGAGGAAUCUCGACCCAGGACCCGACCGAGGCCAAGAUGACGGCCGCCCCAACCUCAGCUGAUGCAUGUCUAAGCAUCGUCCACUCCCUCAUGUGCCAUAGACAAGGGGGAGAGUCCGAGGGCUUUGCCAAGAGAGCCAUAGAGAGUCUCGUCAAGAAGCUGAAGGAAAAACGUGAUGAGCUUGAUUCCCUGAUUACUGCCAUCACUACCAAUGGCGCACACCCCAGCAAGUGCGUCACAAUACAACGCACUCUUGAUGGAAGGUUACAGGUCGCUGGUCGCAAGGGGUUCCCACACGUUAUAUAUGCUCGCAUCUGGCGAUGGCCGGACCUACAUAAAAAUGAGCUGAAGCAUGUGAAAUAUUGCCAGUUCGCAUUUGACCUCAAGUGUGAUUCAGUGUGCGUGAACCCUUACCACUAUGAAAGGGUUGUUUCACCGGGCAUUGACUUGACUGGCCUAAGUCUCCAGGGCACCUCGACGGGGCAGAUCGUGAAGGAUGAAUAUGGCAUUCGCAUGGACUGCGAAGUUAGUGGUGGCUCAGGAAGUGUUGGGGAGUCAGCAGUGACCCCAGGGCCCUCAGGCAUGUCCACCAUUACACACCAACCCACUGGACCUCAGCAGGGGCCCCCAGCGUCACAGCCGACGGGACAGCAGGGUAGCCCCACAUCCUCACAGGGUGGUGGCCUUCAUCAGACAGUAGUCAGUGCACCGCAACAAACCAUCCCACAUCAUCCACAACAGUCAUUCUCCCUACUGUCACCUACAGGUAGCACCUCAAGUCACAUGUCACAAGGACUUCAGUCCCCCACACCUUCAACCCCAGGGUCACAACAAUUCUUCCCUGACACAGUCCAAACAUCACUGAGUCAGUUGUCUCCACAUCUUCAACAACCAUCUCAGCCACAACAGCAGCCACAGCAACCUCAGCAACAGCUACAACCACAGCAGCAGCCGUUAGACCAGCAGCAACAAUUGCAACAGCAACAGCCGCAGACACAGCAGCAAAAUGGGUUUGGUGUAUUGGGUAGUGGGACAGGUACCUUACCCUCUCAGUUUGGCCAACCGGCUGCAUCACCUCAGCAAGUGCCACAGCAUUCUGUCACACCUCACUCAAUGUCCUCGCAGCCCAACUGGAGUGGGCAAAACACACUGUCUUAUACCCCCAGCAUGGUUAACGAUCGGCAGAAUCCUACCUACUGGGACCAGCAACAAAUGGUACAGGACAUACCACUCUCUACACAACCUGUACCUGAUUUUUGGUGUUCCAUUGCGUACUUUGAACUCGACACACAGGUGGGUGAAACUUUUAAAGUCCCAUCAAGCUGUCCAACUGUGACUGUGGAUGGCUAUGUUGACCCUUCAGGUGGAAACCGCUUUUGUCUCGGAGCAUUAAGUAAUGUACACCGGACAGAGCAGAGUGAGAGAGCAAGAUUGCAUAUUGGCAAAGGUGUUCAGUUAGACUUGAGAGGUGAAGGAGACGUCUGGUUACGCUGCUUGAGUGACCACAGUGUAUUCGUCCAGAGUUAUUACCUAGAUCGAGAAGCAGGUCGCUCUCCGGGGGAUGCUGUACACAAGAUCUAUCCUUGUGCUUGCAUUAAGGUGUUUGACCUUCGUCAGUGUCAUCGCCAGAUGCAGACUCAAGCUGCAACUGCUCAAGCUGCAGCUGCUGCACAAGCUGCGGCUGUAGCUGGCCAGAUAUCAGGUCCUGCAGCUGUUGGUGGGCUCUCUGCUGGUAACCUCUCUGCUGCAGCUGGCAUUGGAGUUGAUGACCUAAGAAGACUAUGUAUUCUUCGCUUGAGUUUUGUAAAGGGUUGGGGCCCUGACUACCCAAGACAGUCAAUUAAGGAGACACCUUGCUGGAUUGAGGUGCACCUCCACCGUGCUCUGCAGCUACUUGACGAGGUUCUUCACACAAUACCGCUUGACGGCCCUCGUCCCCUGGAAUAACAAGCACACGGCAGACGGUGGAAAAGGAGAGCAAGUUAUACUUAUACUUGCAGCCCCUCCGCAUGCAGUUUCCUGCAUGAGCGGUUAAUGGCAGACCCUUUGACACCUGUCGCAAAGUGGCUGGGGAGGGUGUGCAUGCCAUAACGUCAUUUAUAUACGUAAACAUUUAGGAUUCUUUUAAGUGAGAUGUUGGAGAGGAAAAGGAGAAGAAAAAUAUAUACUGCACGACCUUAAUAAUGGACCACGUUGCACAAGGAUUUUACCAUGGCUGAUGUUAGACGUACAUGGUUCACAUACUGUCAUUGUAAGUGAAGCUCCUGUGAGAGUCUGCAAAGGGCAUAUCUUAUUUUUUGCAUAUUUUUACAAUCUGCGGCUAGAGAGAACCGGCACAAGGGUGAUAGUUUUGUUUGCUCAGUGUGAGCUUUGUUAAAUUUACUUUUUAUUAUCAUCAUUACCACUGCUAUUAUUGUUGUUAUUAUUACUAUUUUUAUUAACAUUAUUACAGAAGCAUACACAGUAAAAAGACAGAAAAAGAUGUGA